CCUCUCCGCUGCCCGUGUCCUCCUUCACCGGCCGCGCCAUGCUGUCUCUAGAUUUUUUGGACGAUGUGCGGCGAAUGAACAAGCGGCAGCUGUAUUAUCAAGUCCUAAAUUUUGGAAUGAUUGUCUCCUCGGCACUAAUGAUCUGGAAGGGACUGAUGGUCAUAACUGGAAGUGAAAGUCCAAUUGUAGUGGUGCUCAGUGGCAGCAUGGAGCCAGCAUUUCAUAGAGGAGAUCUUCUCUUUUUAACAAAUCGAGUUGAAGAUCCCAUCCGAGUGGGAGAAAUUGUUGUUUUUAGGAUAGAAGGAAGAGAGAUUCCUAUAGUUCACCGAGUCUUGAAGAUUCAUGAAAAGCAAAAUGGACAUAUCAAGUUUUUGACCAAAGGAGAUAAUAAUGCCGUUGAUGACCGAGGCCUCUAUAAACAAGGACAACACUGGCUAGAGAAGAAGGAUGUCGUGGGGAGAGCAAGGGGAUUUGUUCCUUAUAUUGGAAUUGUGACGAUCCUCAUGAAUGACUAUCCGAAAUUUAAGUAUGCCGUCCUCUUCUUGCUGGGUUUAUUCGUGCUGGUCCAUCGUGAGUAAGAAGUCUACCUUGCUGUUCCUGGAAGAUGCCGUACUUUUCGUUCCUGACUGUUUGGAGUAGAUAUUGGUCUAUGAUUGGUGGAGUGCAGAACGUACAUGUUGGCGCUUCUUGGUAGCAAUGGUUUGCAUUAGUUUCUGUUUCCACGCCAGGGUCUGUGUGGGCGGGUGCACCAAGAUGCGCACCGAGGGGACUCUCAAUCACAGGAUUUCAUAUGUUGUCAUUGUCACACUUUCACAUUUUUGUACAUCAGUGAAUUUUUUAUAUUAAA